UGGUCAACCAAAACAUCAUGGCGGCUGGAUUUAAGACGGCUGAGCCAUUGGAGUACCACCGAAGCUUUCUGAAAGAAAACUGUCGACCGGAUGGACGCGAACUGUCUGAAUUCCGAACCACGACCAUCAACAUUGGGUCCAUCGGUACAGCAGAUGGCUCGGCGCUGGUGAAGUUGGGCAACACCACCGUCAUCUGUGGGGUCAAGGCGGAGCUGGCCAACCCGCCAGUGGAGGCACCAGAGAGAGGUUUCAUUGUGCCCAACGUGGACCUGCCGCCGCUGUGCUCUUCACAGUUCCGACCUGGCCCACCGGGGGAGCAGGCCCAGGCUGCCAGUCAGUUUGUGGCCGAGGUCAUCGGGAGCUCAGAAGUGUUGCAGAUGGAGGAUUUGUGCAUCGAAAGAGGCAAGCUGUGCUGGUCGUUGUACUGCGACCUGAUGUGUCUGGACCACGACGGCAACGUGUUGGACACGUGUGUGCUGGCGCUGCUGGCCGCCCUGAAGAACACUGCACUCCCCGAGGUCUCCUUCAGCGCAGAGACUGGCGUGCCGAAGGUGGACCUGGAAAAGCGUCGCGGGUUGAAGAUUCUCAAGCAUCCUGUCGCCGCCUCUUUUUGCGUCUUUGACGAGUCCAUCCUCAUGGCCGACCCCACGGCCGAAGAGGAGCAACUGGCCACCGCUCGCCUCACAGUGGUGACGGACGAGGAAGGACGUCUUUGCUCCAUGCACAAACCAGGCGGGACGUCUUUGUCUGGGGAGAAACUGCAGGGGUUGAUCAGCCAAGCGACGGUCCGGCAGAAAGAAAUCCACAAACUCAUUGACAAAGUCAUCAAAAGCAUCACAUAAAAGAACAGAACACUCUUUUUUUAUAUAUAUCUAAAAGCUGUAUUUUCACUGUCAAUAUAUAAUCUUCUUUUUUAAUAACAAUAAAACUGCUGACAAAGA